AAGCAUCUCUGAUUCAACUUCUUUGAGCUCUGGAUUCCCAUAUAUUGUGAGAUCCCUUUCUGCAAUAUUCAUUAUCUUUCAUCGAUAUAUCUAUUUGGGUUAUUUUCAAUUCUGAGGAUUUCCAUAGCCAUGAACUCUCUUGUAGCCACCACUCGCAAUUUCCGCAAUGCCGUCCGCCUUCUCGGCCUUGAUUCGAAGCUUGAAAAGAGCCUUCUAAUCCCAUUCCGGGAAAUCAAAGUUGAAUGCACGAUUCCUAAAGAUGAUGGCACUUUGGUUUCGUACGUUGGAUACAGAAUUCAGCAUGAUAACGCUCGUGGCCCGAUGAAAGGAGGGAUUAGAUAUCAUCCUGAGGUUGACCCCGAUGAGGUUAAUGCUCUGGCUCAACUUAUGACGUGGAAGACAGCCGUAGCGAACAUUCCAUAUGGUGGAGCGAAGGGUGGCAUUGGAUGCUCUCCCAGGGAUUUGAGCUUGAGUGAGUUGGAACGCCUGACCCGAGUCUUUACUCAGAAGAUCCAUGAUCUCAUUGGAAUCCACACUGAUGUUCCUGCCCCCGACAUGGGAACUAAUUCACAGACAAUGGCGUGGAUUUUGGAUGAGUACUCGAAAUUUCAUGGCCAUUCACCAGCUGUCGUUACGGGAAAGCCUAUAGAUCUUGGUGGGUCUCUAGGUAGGGAUGCUGCAACUGGACGGGGUGUUGUUUUCGCAACAGAGGCUUUGCUGGCUGAAUAUGGGCAGUCUAUUUCAGAACUGACCUUUGUUAUCCAGGGUUUUGGGAAUGUGGGUUCUUGGGCAGCGCAACUAAUUCAUGAGAGAGGUGGAAAGGUCAUUGCAGUGAGUGACAUCACGGGUGCCACUAGAAACCUGAAUGGCCUCGACAUUCCAGCCUUGCUUAAGCACAAAGUUGAGAAUGGGAGUCUACAUGAUUUCAAAGGCGGAGAUGCCAUGAAUUUGGAUGAGUUGCUUGUACAUGAGUGCGAUGUCCUCAUUCCUUGUGCUCUGGGCGGAGUUCUUUCUAGGGAAAAUGCAGCUGAUGUGAGGGCCAAAUACAUAAUAGAAGCUGCAAAUCAUCCCACCGAUCCAGACGCAGACGAGAUUUUAUCUAAGAAAGGAGUUGUUAUACUCCCCGACAUAUAUGCGAACGCUGGGGGCGUCACAGUGAGUUAUUUUGAGUGGGUUCAGAACAUCCAAGGAUUCAUGUGGGAGGAAGAGAAGGUGAACCAGGAGCUUCAAAGGUACAUGAGGAAAGCUUUCACCAACAUCAAGGCGAUGUGUAAAUCUCAUGACUGCAACCUCCGGAUGGGCGCCUUCACAUUGGGAGUGAACCGGGUUGCGCGCGCCACCCUUUUAAGGGGCUGGGAAGCAUGAGAAGCACCAUUCUUUUUCCACUUCAUCAUCUGUGCCUGGGUGUCAAUGGAUAUACUUCUGUCCUAAUUUGAAGUUGAUUUAAUUAUAUUUAUGGGGGGAAGUCUAUGCAUUCAAUUAAAGCAGAAUGGCAUCCAAACAAUAAAUGUAGCUGUUUGAAGUGGAAUCAUGCUUUUGUGCUUAAAUCU